GUCGGUGUUCUGGUGGCAGACUACCGUGUGCUUCAUCCGAAGGGUGCCGGCGCACUUCCCGCCAGACCUCCUUGGCCGAAAGGCUGCUCUCGGCGUCGGCCGGGCUCGGCGGUUCCUGGCCUUCAUCGCCACCUUCCUGGUCCACAUGCUGUUCCGGCAGGCGCGGGUGCAGUGA